AAAAAUGCAUUGAUCUGCUUGAUUGAAGUGCGAUUAACAAAUAUCUAAUCUUCAUUUCUGUUACAAAAUUGUGAAAUUUUGUACAAAAAGUUAUGAAAUUUGAUUGCAGUGAUUGAAAUGAUUUUAAAACGAUUUCCACCUACUCCAAUUAUACUUUCUUGUCUUCAAAUCUGGUUGUUUAGUUAUUUGUUUUUUGUAUAUCAACAUUACCUCAUGUUUUCUGUAUAUUUAACUACAAUAGUAGUUCUUGCUGUUGCAGCAGGGUUUAAGUAUUUAGCCUUUGAACCUGUUGGCGAAGAAAAAUCAAGACAUGUUUUAUUUAAAGACAAUUUAAACGAUCUUCCAAUCUAUGCCCAUAGGGGCGGUGGUCACGAUGCACCAGAAAAUACUAUAGCCGCUAUAAGAGAGGCUAAAAAGAAUGGUGCUGAUGGCAUUGAAGUAGAUUUGUCCUUCACAAAGGAUAAUAUUGCUAUCUUAUUUCAUGAUGAAACUAUGGAAAGAACAACUAAUGGAAUGGGGCCUUUAGCUUCAAAAACAUUCAUGGAAAUAAGAGAGCUAGAUGCUGCUUCAAAUCAUAUUUAUCGAGAUCGUUACAAAGGUGAAAAAAUAGCAACAUUAGAAGAAGGCAUUGAGGAAUGUCUAAAACUGAAAAUGAAACUUAUAUUAGAUGUAAAAGAAUAUGAUAGUAGGGCGGUUGCCAUAGUGACUGAAAUGUUCUCCAAACACCAAGAGCUCUAUAAACAAGCAUUAGUGGCUUCUUUUUAUCCUUCCUUUAUUUAUCAGCUUCGGCGAGUUGACCCCAACAUUGUGACCGCCAUCACCUUCAGGCCCAAGUUCAUCUCGUGCACAGAUAUCCCCAACGGAAGACCCAGGUUCGAUUCUUGGUGGAAGCACAAACUGGCACAGGCGGGCGAUGUUGCUCUGGAGUGGGCCUUCCAUAACGUCAUUUGGUACUUCACGGGAGUCUCUGCCGUUCUGGUGCACAAAGACUACCUGUCGGCUGAAUAUGUGCGCAUGUGGAGAGCCAGAAACAUCCAGGUGAUCGCUUGGACGCCCAAUCAUCGAUUGGAAAAGGAAUAUCUUCGGAAAGUUCUGAACGUCACCUACAUAUCGGAUACUUUACUGUAAUUCCUUAGCGGAACAGUCUGUUCUGAGGAAGAAAAUAAAUGGACUUUCUUUGGGACCAGAUUUGUUUGCGUUUGAAAGAAAAUUGAUUUGUAUAUCAUCCCUUCGAAAUCAAGAUUUAAAUCUUUAUUUUUUGAUAUUUUAUUCCUUAAAAAAUCUGAUCUUUUUCUUUUGUGAUUUAAUGUAUGUUUAGAAAAUGUGUUUUUAUCUUUUAUAUGCAUGUUUAUGAAAUAAUGCGUAUAUAAUUAUUAUUAUUUGAUUCGUUCAAAUCGGGCCAUUUAAAUAUCGAUAAAACUUAAUUUUUAUUUUCUGUAAUGUUUUGAUUUUUUUUCGUGCAUAUUUCAUAAUUUAUAUUGUCAGAACAAUAUAACUACAGGAUUUUAAUUUGAACAAAGAAAAGAUUGCCUUCUGUUGAUUUAUUUAAUACAUUGCAUGAAAUAAAUGUAUUCUUUUGUCUCUUUGUGUAUGAAAUUGAAAUUCUAGCCAAAGAAACUUUUAACAAUUCUUUUAAGACAUUAAUAUAACUUAUUAUUCGUUCUGAUCUGUAAAAAAACAUGCAUGCUGGUUUUUUUUAUCCUAUAAAUUAUAAUUCGUUAUUUCCGUUUCAUCAUUUUUAUUAAAGUAUGAAUCGUGUUCCUUCGUUGUGAUAAUAUUAGAGUAAUCCGAUUCAUAUAAAAGAGUUUACAAAAUUUAAAUGCAUUUGAUCUCAUUCUUGGUAGACGCAAUUGUAUUUUGUUUGAUGACUUUUUCAUAUAUGCUCUUUCUUGUUAAUUGGGUUUUUUUUUAUUUUUUUUUUUAAGGAUUUGCUCUGAUUCAGUGCAAUAUGAUAUAAUUACAGUACACUCCCCAGUAUCCGUUUCGGAUUAUCCGGUUUCCGUACUAUCCGGUCUAGUUUUCUUUUAUCGUAAUGAAAUGAAUAAAGCAGGGUGUUGCAAUGGCAACAUUGCCAAGGUAUUGAAAACGGGGGCUGAAAUGCAGAAUCAGUCAUCUAUGAAGGACUUUUUCAAAAACUAAAAACUGUAAGUUUUUACUCUUAUCUUAGGGUUACCUUUUCAUAUCUGUGUAACCAUUUAUCGGUGAAAAAUAAAAUCAGUUUGCUUCCAUUUUCUUAAGAAUCGGGCCUACAAUUUACGUCAAUGUCUUGUUUAAAUGUUCUGCAUAUCAUUUAGGCAUUACAGAAUCUUUGUUAAAGUGUGAACAGUUUAUAUCCUGUAACUUCCUUUUUCUCAAUGAAAUUCUUUAAACGUGCAGUGCAGUUUAUAAAUGCAUAUAAACUACCAGUAAAGAGUCUUCUAUUUUAAGUAGACAUGUUGCCGGCAACUGCUUCUAUGAUUCAUCGGGCCGCUACAUUCUACGUGGCUGGAGAAAAAUGGAGGGUUUAAUAUUCAGUAAGAAAUAAGAAAAUACGUAUUAUACCAAUGAGUUUUGGUAUUAAAAAAACUGUCUUCUGGUACUGGUGGCAAUGGAAUGAGUUCAUAGAACACCAACCUAUCCGCCUUUUUUUGUUAUCCGGUCUGUCUGCCCGCCAUAUUAGGCCGGAUACUCGAGAGUGUACUGUAUUUAAAAUUCGUGCAGAUUCUCUGCUAUUUUUUCUGUUUAGUUUUUUGUUAGUACUUACUUAGUGCGAUAUGAAAGGGAAAUGGAGACGAAUUUAAGAAAUUAAAACUCUUGCAGGACUAGAAUUUCUCAUAAGCCUUGAUUUUAAACUGCAUAGAGAGAACAAUAAUCAGCGCUUUUCGCGUAGAAGUGUUUUUCAUGGAGUCUAUUUUUCUAUGUAUAAUAAAUAGGAAUACCCAGAGUUCCUUCACCCUAUACUCCUAAAACUAAUCUCAUCUAAAUUUAUAUUCACUUAUCGGCACUCUUUAUUUUUUGUUAAUAUUUAUGUUUCCUAUUAUAUGUUAUUCUAUAGCAUUUCAUGUUUAUUAUUAAAGGCAUCAUAUUUUUGAACAAUAUUAGUAUGUGUUUCUGUUUAUAUUUUAUUUAAAUUUUUAGGUGGUACAAGUGAACAAAAUAUUGUGCUCCUUUAUGUAUGCAUCUAAAACACAUUUUUUUUUUUUUUUUAGUUUAUAUCAUGUAUAUUAACCCUCUGCACUCGGAGGAUGACUCUCUCUCGACCAUUCAAGAUGGUGCAUCAUUUUCACGUUUUAUUUAUUUAAUUUUGGUUGUUAAAAAUACCUGUAGAGUAGUAAGAAGAUCCAAGUUAAUUAAACAGAUGAAUUGAAAAAAUAAUUAUAUAUAUUUAUUUUUCGGGGCAAUAAGCAAGUCUUUGCAUUAGGGAAAUAAUUAUGCAUCGAAUUACUUUUCCGAGUGCAAAGGGUUAAAUUAGCACUGUUAAGAUAAAAAUGUAUUUGUGCGUGUGGUUUUGAAAACUAAUUUCAUUAUAUUAAAAUGCUGCAUUAUUAAAUAUUUAGUAAGAAAUAUUUACACAGCAGUUAUAAAUUUAUUUAAAAUUCUUUUUUUGCUUUGUGUGAUAAUUAUUUGCUUAUUCAUUUUUUUAUGGUAUGUUUGUGAUUUUUUUUUUUUUUUGGUUCAUUUGCAAUUUUUUGUUUGAUGGUUAAUUGGUGUUAUUUUGGUUGUGGAAUUUUUUUCUUAUUUUGAACCCAUGCUUUUUAAGUUCAAUAUGCAAUAAAAUGAAACUGAAUAAUUUAUGGAAACUUUGUUUGAAAAUAGGAUUUGAUAUCGCGACAUUACUAUAAAUAUUGGAAAAAAAUGGAAGAAAGUACUAUAAAUUUUUUUUGAAAUAUUUAAAGGUAUUUGUGUAAAACUAAGGGGUUGCUUGGAAAACGAAUUUUCUGCUGGUUUACUUCAAAUUUAAUUAAUUGAAAAAAGAAAACAAAUCAAGAAAUUUAAAUCUUACUAGCUUUGGGCACGAAGUUCUUUGGAUUCCGGGGAAAGUUAUUAGACACUAUGUCAAAAAUAGUUUUUUUACUUUGAAUAUGCAUUUCUAAUGUCUCAAAAAUACUUAGCAUAUCUUUUUCUCAUUGAUUAAAAAAUGACUUACUCUUUAGUUGAGAAAAAACAGCUUUGCUUGUCUGUAUAAUAUUCACAGGUGAUCUUGAGAGUUUUAUGCAUUUAUUUAUAAAGCACCGUCCAUCUGUUUCGUGAAUUAAAACGUUUUAUACGAUAGCGUUUUGAAUGCAGAUAAGCGCUGGUCACCACAAGGCCUUGGCGUAUUCAAAAUACCGGCCUGCUUUAUUUCAGACGUACGAAAUUUGCUUCUGUAUUCAUACUGGAAAAUAUUGUCAGCCACAAAUUAGGCUUAGUUUGCAUAUUUUCAGAAAAUAGUAUUGCGGACAUCAUAUAAACUGUUUGGUGUGUUUUAUUUUAUGCUUACUUGUUGAUUACCUUUCCUUCAACAAUGUUUUCGAUUUUAAAAAAAGCAUCGGCUUUUAGAAUAUAUCGUUUGCUUGACUAAAGAUACCGCAGAAUUUUUUUAAGACUAAGAAUUUCAUACAUUGUUAUUUUAUCAUCGUUUACAGUGUAAAAAUUUAUGUAUCAAAAUCCCUCGUUUUUGAAAUACUUUUGUCGUCGUUACCCGUUUAUAUCACAAGCGGAUGCCAAGUCAUCAAUAUCAAAACCGAAGUGUGUUGUGGUAAGCAGUACAUUCAAACGAUAGAUAGUUAAGAUAAAAUAGUUUAUUAAGAUAAGAUAGUUUAAUUUCCCACAAAUUUUCAAUUUUACUCCAAAAUUUUUAGAUUUUGUUUUCUCUCAUUUUUGAAACUUUCAGAUGGUUUCGUCGUUCAAAAUGCAAAACAUGAAAUGCUCAAUAUUAGAUGGAAAAUUUCGUGUGUUAAAUAUCUUGCUAAGUUUUUUCAUUGCACUAAUAUAUACUGAACUAAGAACAAAAAACCCAAAAUACAUAAGAGAAUCAAAUCGCAAAACGAAAAAAAUUUAUUUAUUUAUUUACUUUUUGUACAUACGACCUUUUACAUUCUUACAGAUGACCUUCGAACACACGUACAACCUUUAAAAGUUUAAAAAUCUGUAUUCAUAAAUCGAGCAAACAAUCUGUUUAAGUUCGAAACUAUAUAUUAUAUAUGAAUUCUAUUCUAAAAUUGAAAAUUCGCUUAAACUUUGUGCAGUUAAUCGCUCACUAUGACUUCCUCAUUGUAUGCUUAUUAUGUUAUUGCUUGGCGUCCUUUGCUACUGUUGUAUUUAGUUUUAGUGGUGUUAAUGUUUCGUUUUGCAACAACACUGCGGCUAUUUUAGGACUGGCUUUGUAAUUUUCGAGCCGCAGUCUUAAGACGAGGAUAACCCCUGAAUUGGUACUCCAUCUCCAAACUUCGGCACCACACUAGUGGGUUUAGUUUAGUUAUAUUAACGUCCCGUUUUUAAAGCAAUACUAGAGCUGUUUUGAAACGGACUUCGUAAUUUUAAACCGCGCUCCGUUACCUGAACUGGCACCCCAUCCCCAAACUUUCACAUCACACUAAUGGGAGAACUUUUGGCCCGAUGGAUUUAACGUCCACCACACUCGGACACGACAGUUCCUAAGUGGAAUUGGGUUUCAUACUUGUUGCUGUCCGAUGCCGAGACGUAUCAUCUGGCUGCUGUUGCCUGGUUAGUGCUGUAAAGGGGUUCCAUCUAGUCAUUUUUUCAUCCGAGGGGAAUUUUUGAUAUACGAUCUUUUGCAUUGUAAAUGAUGAUGGUUAAUUUUUGAAAAGGCAAUUUUGCAGAACAUCACUCCCUGUUAUCUCUUAAGAAAUAGGCCUAUUUAUAACACUUAUCCUCUAAAAAAAAUAUUGCGCCAGCCUUUUUAGAAAUAUGUUUGUGAUCAGCGUUAACACAUUUACUGACAAUCGCGCUCUAAAGCGUGAUUGUUAGAUUUCUUCAAAAUAGUUUUGGCCAUCAAUGAGUUCAAAUAUUUGUUGCUUUUUUAUAUUUUCUGCUAUCUGAGAAUGUUAAAAGACGUAAAGAUAAUUGCGAGUAGCUGCUUUCUAUGUAACUUCUUUUACUGAUAACGCUACUUAUUUUAAUGAUUUUUUUUAAUACUAUAGUUUUUAAAAUGCGAAAUUUCAGAAUUUUUUUUCUUGCAUAUUGAUUGCAAUGAUUGUAUUAUAUUAAUUACAUAUAAUUUAUCCCUGCUUUUAACUCAAAAGGUAAACUUUUUUAAUGACAAUUCUGUUCCGUGUCAUUUCACAAACGUAAUUUGUUUUCAAUAUUCUUUUAAAACCUGCUGAAAUGUAACUAGAAAAAUUGUACCAUGAUACUUUUAAUUUUUUUGUUUGAAAUGAAUGAAUUUCAAACAAAACUUUUCUUUUCAUAAUAUAUUUAUAAUCACAUUUUGGAUUUAUAAUUUUUAUUCAAACAGAAAAUAAUAUGCAUUAGAAUUAAAUAUAUAAGUUUAAUUGACUUUAUGAGAUUCAAUCAAAUGUUCAAUGUAGAAAAACAUUUCACUUAAGCCACGCAUUUUAUAAAAUAUCUGUAAGAAUGAAAUUAACUUCAUCUUUUAAUAUUGCAAUAUGUUCUACUUAAUUCAAAACUUUCAUGAUGUGCCUAAAAUAUUAUGAAUUAUUUUUAUAAACGAUCUGAAGCUCACUUUUAUAAUGCUCCGCGUGAAUGAGAUGCUUGUGAUCUGUUGUGCUUUGUUUUAUUUCCUGAAGACUGCAAUUAGUAUUAUAUUCACGCUUUAAAUCAAUGAAAAUGAAUGAACCAAAUACUUUGCAAUAAAAUUUGAAACCAAAGUUAAUAUUAGGAUGAUUGUGUUUUUAUAUAUUUUUUGUCAGUCAUAUGUAUAAGAAUUGAAUAAAAUGGAGUUUUAGAAA